AUGAUGACACUUUUGACAAAAGAGCGCCAAAGCAAUAAUGAGCUGCAAGAAGUUUGUAAAGAAUUAAUUGCGAACCAUCUAUAUGAGGUAAAGAGUUGUCUGAGGGCAUUGAGUGACAUGUUUGGCAAUAGCCGCACUCUUAUUGGGCUAAAGAGGAUGGGAGAAAUUGAUAUAUUACCACCUUUAGAGGCAGAAAUGAUGGCCCUAGAGCUGUGUUCCACAUGGCAAGAAAUGCAGAGGAACACCAACUGGCACCCUUUUAAAAUUACCACACAUGGAAAAAUUCAUCAG